CGGGGGGCGCGCUGCCCUCGCCGGGCUCGGAGGGCGCCGGGGCGGCGGGAGGCGGGGGGCGCAUCCCGGGAGGAUGGCAGAGCCGCCCCGGCGAGCCGAGCCCCGGCGCGCAGGGAGCCAGUGAGAGGGAGGAGAGGGGAAAACACAAACAAGCAAACAACCCACAACAAACAAAGCGGGCAGAGAGCAGCGCCGAGCCCCGCCGCCCCUGCCCCAAAGGCGCCCGCCCGCCCGCAGCCCGCACAGCCGCUGCCCCAGCGAAGAUGCGCCCGGCCCUGGCCCACGGACUCUGCUCGCUGCUGCUCAGCCUCUGGGUACCCAGCUCGUGCUCCAAUGAGAUCCUGGGCCUGAAGCUGCCCUCAGAGCCGGUGCUGAAUGCCAACACGGUGUGCCUGACGCUGCCGGGGCUGACACGGCGGCAGCUGGAGGUGUGCGUGCGCCACCCCGACGUCACCGCCUCCGCCAUCCAGGGCAUCCAGAUCGCCAUCCAUGAGUGCCAGCACCAGUUCCGGGACCAGCGCUGGAACUGCUCCAGCCUUGAGACCAAGAACAAGAUUCCAUAUGAGAGCAUCAUCUUCAGCAGAGGCUUUCGGGAGAGCGCCUUUGCCUACGCCAUAGCGGCUGCCGGCGUGGUGCACGCCGUGUCCAACGCCUGUGCCCUGGGGAAGCUGCAGGCCUGUGGCUGUGACCAGAAGCGCCGGGGCGAUGAGGAGGCUUUCCGGCGCAAGCUGCACCGCCUGCAGCUGGAAGCCAUGAACCGCGGCAAGGGCAUGGUGCACGGCGUGCACAUGGAGCACAUGCCCGCUGAGACCCCUGGCCUCCAGGACUCCUGGGAAUGGGGAGGCUGCAGCCCUGAUGUGGACUAUGGAGAGAAGUUCUCCAAGGAUUUCCUUGAUUCCCGGGAAACCUACAGGGAUAUCCACUCCCGGAUGCGGCUGCACAACAACCGCGUGGGCCGGCAGGUGGUGAUGGACAACAUGAGGAGAAAGUGCAAAUGCCACGGUACCUCAGGGAGCUGCCAGCUGAAGACAUGCUGGCAGGUGACGCCUGAGUUUCGCCUGGUGGGGUCCCUGCUCAAGGACCGCUUCUAUGGCGCCACCCUCAUCCGGCCCCACAACCGGAAUGCCGGGCAGCUGGAGCCGGGCCACGCUCGGCACCGCCGCCGGGCCGGCAUCAGCGAGCUGGUUUACUUUGAGAAGUCACCCGACUUCUGCGAGCGAGAGCCGGCCCUGGACUCCUUGGGCACUCAAGGGCGCCUGUGCAACAAGACCAGCCCGGGCAUGGACAACUGCGAGAGCCUGUGCUGCGGCCGCGGGCACAACAUCCUGCGUCAGACGCGCAGCGAGCGCUGCAACUGCAAGUUCCACUGGUGCUGCUUCGUGGCGUGCGAAGAGUGCCGCAUCACCGAGUGGGUCAGCGUGUGCAAGUAGCCAGGCAGGGCUGGGUGCCCACCCCAGGGUGCCAGGGACAAGCACGCCUGCCUGCGGCAGGGGAGGGAGACGGGGACUGGCGCCGGGGGGAGGUGCAGCCGCGAUACCCGCUUCCCUCCGCUCCGAGGGAGCAGGAGAGGACAUGCUCGGCACCCUCCAAAAUCAGCACUUUGUCGUCACCUGGGAAGGGCAGGGCAGGGCUGCCCGCUGCCCCCCAACCCCACAUGAGAGCACCAAGGCUCCCGGCCCCGGGGAGCCCACGGCCAUGCUGUACAGACCGCCGACACCAGCACCACUCGGGGGGGCGGAG